GCGGGGGGCGGCCCCGGCCCCUCAGCCCGGCCCGCGAUCGCUCGCGGCGGGAGCCGCUGCGGAGCCGCUCCCGAAACAGCGACAGAGCCUGGGCUGCCUCAGCCCAGCCCGGCCCAGCCCCGCUCCAGAGAGCGCUCCCGAAACAGCUACAGAGCCUGGGCUGCACCGCCUCAGCCCAGCCCAGCCCCGCUCCGGAGAGCGCUCCUGAAACAGCAACAGAGCCUGGGCUGCACCGCCUCAGCCCAGCCCAGCCCCGCUCCAGAGAGCGCUCCUGAAGCAGGGGAACAGAGCCUGCACCGCCUCAGCCCAGCCCAGCCCAGCCCCGGAGAGCGCUCCUGAAGCAGGGGAACAGAGCCUGCACCGCCUCAGCCCAGCCCAGCCCAGCCCCGGAGAGCGCUCCUGAAGCAGGGGAACAGAGCCUGCACCGCCUCAGCCCAGCCCGCUCCGGCCGGCUCCGGGUCAGCUUCACUGAGGAGCCGGAAAGCGGCCUCCUCCUCCUCCAGACCGCGUUUCGGAGUGGGAGGGGAAAAAAGGGCUCUUUGUGGCAAUGCUAGAUCCUUUAGAGAACAACUUGUUUGAUCUUCCUGAUUAUGAGAACACAGAAGAUGAAACAUUCCCACCUCUUCCACCUCCUGCCUCUCCAGGAAGAGACGAUGCAGAAUGGGCUCAGGCUAAUGGAGAUCCAGAUGGAAACCAGCAGUCCCAAACAAAGGAUUCUGCUGUGACCACACAGAAGGCAGUUAAAAGACCAAGGCCUAAAUUAGAUGCCCAAAGGUUAAUUUCAGAAAGAGGGCUCCCAGCUCUGAGACACAUGUUUGACAACGUCAAGUUCAAGGGCAAAGGGCACGAGGCAGAGGACCUGAAGACACUGAUACAGCAUAUGGAGCACUGGGCUCACAGACUGUUCCCACAGCUGCAGUUCGAGGAUUUUAUUGACGUAGUGGAGUCUUUGGGAAACAAAAAGGAAGUUCAGACCUGCCUCAAGCGGAUUAGACUUGAUCUUCCCAUUUUACAUGAAGACUUCAAAUAUAAUGAAGAAGGAGAAGGGGAAAGCAACGGGCUGGCUGCAGCUGCUGAAGAUGCACAGGCCCACUCUGGCAGCGCGGAAGAGCUGCAUUCCCUGCCUGGGCUGAGUCUGACAGAGGAGCAGCAGGAGCGGAUGAAGAAGAACCGGCAGCUGGCCCUGGAGCGGAGGCAGGCGCGGCUGCAGGGCCUCAGCCAGUCCCAGCACCAGGAGCUCCCCAGCAGUUACUCAGAAGAGGAGUUUGACAGCCCAGUUGCUCAGGAUCCCCCUGACCUUACUGAAGACACUCAGGUUCCUGCAGGCAAGGAUGCUCCCACAGAAGAUGGAGAUGAGGAAUUGGGCUGUGCCAGGGAAGAGCAGUAGCUCCCCCACACCAUGAAUGCCUUCCUCGACCAAAAGAGCCCCCUGCUUUAAGUACUGUCCUUGUACUGAAAUGUUGCUGGCUCUUGGCACUCCAGAAGCUUCUGGGAAGUCUUUCCCACGGCAUCACUGAAGGACAGAACUCUUCCCUGGAGGCUGCAGGGGAGCAGCUCUGUACACCAGGAAACAGAACAAAGUUCUUCAGCUGCACUUGAGCCAUCUUUUCCACCUCCCAAAACGUUUUUUAGGAAAUGUUUAUGAGUUAUUGGACCUACUUUGAAUAUAGUUUAUCGUUUAUGUUAAACUGAAUGAACUGGGAUGUUGACGGAUUAAAUUGCUAUUAAAGGUGUGUUUGGGGUUUUUUAACAGGUCUUUUAACAGGGGUACUGGAUAUUUUUUUAAACUGCUUAUCCAUUACUUAUUACAUAUUUUUCAUAUAAAAUAGAAGCUAUUAAAUUUCAGAAGUCAAACCUGAAA